CGAAACGCCUCGUGUUGUUUGCCUUCAUUCCGCUGCUCGCGUUCACGUUGAGAGAGCAGACAGGUAUUUUGGAGAAAACAGUUUUAACAAUGCCGGACUGGAUCCGAGUUUUUAAGAUUGCUUGUCCAAAUGAAUGACUGUACGCCAUGGAGACAGCGCGAGAAGAAAGCGCGCAGGGGAGCGAGGAUGAUGCGGCCCAAGAAGACGCCACAAGUGUAGCUGAUGUAUCCGUGGAAGUGGCUACGGUGGACGCAACUCUUAAUAAACUAUGCAGAAGAUACAACAGACGCAGAAGAAGAGCAAAAAAGAUAAAGAAGAAAAACCCGAUACUGGAUCUACAGAAUCUGGCCAUCCUCAUCACAGUGGUGGUGUUUGUCAUUGUGGUGAUAAUGUGGUCACUUCUGUGGGUUUUUAUAUUCCGGAGAGAGAGCAACAGUGGUGUGUAUUUUGCUGGUAUGUUCCGUGUUGCCAACGUGGAGUUUAUACCAGAGUACCGGCACGCUGACUCCAGUGAGUUUGUGUCCAUGGCAAACCGCAUUCAGCAUGUGGUGAGUGACACAGCAUAAAUAUGUCAUAAGAAUAAAAGGCCUUAAAAAACAUUAAAACCCUCACCUUAAUGUUUGAAUCCAAUGAUAACCAGUGUAUACCGAACAUCUUCAGUGUCCAGACUCUACAAACAAACCGUCAUCUCUGAUCUGAGUAAUAACAAUCAAGGUGGUGUACUGGUGCAUUUCUGGAUGAUCUUCGUGGUGCCGCAUCUGAAGGGUCCAUCAGUGUGUGAGGACUGUGUGAGUGCCAUCCUCAAAGACUCUGUGCACAUGAGUCUGAAGAACCGCUCUUCAGUGGGCUUCCUGCAGGGCCUUCCUGUGGACAUCGACUCCAUUCUUGUUAAUGUUGCUUUACGCUCAGAUUACUCAUCAACAGCUGUGGGCUCUCAGUGUGUGGAUAAGCUGUACGCAGGUGUUCCUGAUGUCAGUAUUCCCCUCAAUGUGUUCUCCUCAUGGGGAGGCUUGAGCUGCUACAUCAAACUGACAAGUGCUCCAGGCUCUGUCAUCCGUCUCACUGUGAAGAGCUUUCGCAUUGACCCUAGUGACUGCGUCUAUGAUGCCCUCACCGUGUAUGACUCUCUACUUCCCAUGAGAGGCAUGAUUCUGUUCAGGUUCUGUGAACCAGUGUCAGCCCCGAUCUCAUUGGUCUCCACCUCCAAUGUCAUGCUGCUCUCCUUCAGACUCACUCAAGGAAACAAGAUAUUCCAAGGACUCUUCCAGGCUCUCAUGGAAGAGCAGUGUAUGAAUAUGAUAGCAUUACCCGCUGGCCCAGGUGAUGCUGGAGUGAUAACCAGUCCAUUCAACCCCAGUCUGUUGCCCCGUCAGUGCUCCUGCACCUGGAUGUUUCAGAUGCCCAGCAGUGCUCUUGGUGUGGCUCUCAGGUUCCAGAACUACAUGCUAAAACUAAAAGACUUGCAAAACUGUGAACACGGCUGGUGGAAAGUCAAUGAGAUUAUAUACUGUGGAAAUUACGUUGACCAUUCAACCGUCUUCCGUAUUCCUGCGCAAAACCCUGAAGUGGUUUUCCGCUGCAGCUCACGAAGUGCUGCCCAACCCUUCAGUGCCACUUACAGCAGCUACAACACCAGCCAGCCAUGUCCAGAGGGUCACUUCCUGUGCUCCACAGGUCUGUGCGUGGAGAAGUUCAGGCGCUGUGAUGGACUGGAUGACUGUCAGGAUGAAAGCGAUGAGAUUUUUUGUUCUAAACCUCCUAAAAUCUGUGAAAGUUCAUCCCCUUUGCACCCAUUAUACAUCUGUAAUGGAGAGAUGGACUGUUCCAGUGGUAAAGAUGAGAUCAACUGUACUCAAGAGACUAGCUGUUCUGGAGUCAGUUACCAAUGUGGCAAUGGAGCCUGCAUUCUUAAGAAAAAUGCUAAAUGUGAUGGCUUACCCGACUGCUACGACCGCAGUGACGAGAAGGACUGUGCCUGUGGCAAUCCCACCCCUUCAAAGCGUGUAUCUGACAGUGCCGCCACACAGCAGCGUAUUGUAGGCGGGAUCAAUGCGCUGGAGGGGGAGUGGCCAUGGCAAGUCAGCAUGCAUUUUUCUGGUCAGCUGUACUGCGGAGCAUCGGCCCUCUCUGACGAGUGGCUCAUUUCAGCAGCACACUGUUUCAGCAAAGAAAGGUUGGCAGAUCCACGUAUGUGGAUGGCUCAUCUAGGCAUGCUAAACCAGGGCAAUGCCAAGCAUGUGGCCGAGAUCCGUCGAUUUGUUGUGCAUGAAUACUACAAUGCAAGAAAUUUUGACUAUGACAUCGCCCUUGUGCAGUUGAAGAAGGCCUGGCCCAGCAGUCUGGCACAAUAUAUCCAGCCCAUCUGUCUGCCGGCCCCUUCACAGACAUUCACUGAGGGACACCGCUGUUGGGUCACCGGCUGGGGCUACCGUUCUGAACAGGAUAAGGUUCUUCCCACUGUAUUGCAGAAGGCAGAAGUUAGCAUUAUAAGCCAGAGUGAAUGCAAGAGAAGCUAUGGUGCUAUAUCACCCCGCAUGCUGUGUGCUGGUGUGCCCUCAGGAGAGCAGGAUGCCUGCCGGGGAGACUCAGGCGGUCCUCUGUCCUGUCAAGCCCACUCGGGCGGCCGCUGGUUUCUGACGGGUAUUGUGAGCUGGGGUUCCGGCUGUGGCAGACCCAACCUUCCCGGAGUUUACACCAGAGUGGCCAAGUUCAUAGACUGGAUCCAAAGACAUAUUCAAAACUUAUGAAAAUGCACAGCCAAUAAAUCCACCUUACAAUGAAUUAUGUAUUUCAUACACUCAAAACAAGCCAUUGUCAUCUCAACUGUUCCACAGCAAAUAGGCUAUGUGUUACUUAAUGGUCUGUCAUUCAUCUAACACCAUUAUAAUACAUUUGUCUUGAAUAAUACAUUACUUGUAGUCUUUCUUUCAGCAAUUACAAAUAAUU